CCCUCUCAAAAUCUCAGCUUUCACCAACCCUCCAACUCCCUCAAAAUGAAGACUUUAUAGCUGACACAAGUAGUUCCAUGCAGUCUCUGAAAUGGGUUCUCUUGGAUUUGCUUGCUCAAUGCAAAACCAUGACUUGUUUCAAGCAAAUCCACGCAAAGAUUGAAACUUCAGGCCUGGCUUGCAAUGACUUGGUUGCCACCAAUGUUGUCAAGUUCUUGGGAAAAUCUGCAACCCAUUUCGAUUACGCUUGUGAUUUUCUGAAGCAACUUGAUUACCGUGUGAGCUCUUUUCCAUUUAACAUGUUGAUCUCUAGCUAUGGUAAUGGUGAAAAGUCCAGGGAGGCGGUUUUGGUUUAUAGAAGGAUUGUUAGAGAUGGGUUUGUGCCUGAUAUGUUUACUAUUCCGGCGGUGUUGAAAUGUUGUGUUAAGUUUUUGGGGAAAGGAGAAGGCAGACAGGUUCAUGGUGUGGUUGUGAAGAUGGGUUUUGCGUGUGAUGUGUAUGUUGAGAACUCGCUUGUGCAUUUCUAUAGUGUUUGUGGGGAGUGUGGUGAUGCGAAGAAGGUGUUUGAUGAAAUGCGUGUGAGGGAUGUGGUGUCUUGGACUGGUUUGGUUUCGGGGCAUGUCAAGGCAGGGUUGUAUGGUGAGGCUGUGGAGUUGUUCUUGAGGAUGGAUGUGAAGCCGAAUGCGGCGAGUUUUGUUAGUGUGGUUGUGGCGUGUGGAAGGAUGGGGUAUUUGAAUGUGGGGAAGGGUGUUCAUGGAUUGAUUUUGAAGCAUUCGUUGGGGAUGGAUUUGGUGGUGGGCAAUGCUGUUGUGGAUAUGUAUGUAAAGUGUGAGAGUCUGUGUGAGGCGAAGCGGGUUUUUGAUGAGCUUCCGGAAAGAGACAUUGUGUCUUGGACUAGCUUGAUAAGUGGAUACGUGCAAUGUAAACGUCCGAGGGAGUCGCUGGAUUUGUUUUGUGAGAUGCAGAGUCUGGGAAUACAGCCUGAUAAGAUUAUACUAUCCAGUGUGCUUUCAGCCUGUGCCAGUCUUGGGGCACUUGAUUAUGGUAGAUGGGUGCAUGAGUAUAUUGAUCGUAAGGGUAUCAAAUGGGAUGUGCAUAUUGGAACAGCUCUGAUCGACAUGUAUGCUAAGUGCGGUUGUAUAAAUAUGGCAUUGCGUACUUUCAGUGAAUUGCCGGGUGGGAAUGUCUCUACUUGGAAUGCAUUGCUAGGCGGUUUAGCCAUGCAUGGUCAUGGGGAUGAGGCGCUCAAAAAGUUUGAAGAAAUGACUAGGUCUGGCAUCAGGCCAAAUGCGGUUACUUUUCUAGCCGUCUUGACAGCUUGCUGCCAUUCCGGUUUGAUUGAUGAAGGCCGCGGAUACUUUAAUGAGAUGAUUAGUCCACCUCAUAGUCUGUCUCCAAGAUUAGAACACUACGGAUGCAUGGUUGAUCUGCUAUGUAGAGCUGGACUCCUGGAUGAAGCUCAGAAAUUGAUAAACACCAUGCCUAUGCAACCUGAUGUGCUGAUAUUAGGAGCUCUUCUAAGUGCUUGCAAGGCCAAAGAUGAUGCUGAGCUCUCUCAAGAAAUAUUAGACCAUCUCCUGCACCUUGAGUGGGAAGACAGUGGAGUUUAUGUGCUUCUAUCAAACAUAUUUGCUGCUAAUAAAAGAUGGGCUGAUGCAACAAGAAUAAGGAGGUUGAUGAAGAAGAGAGGUAUACAGAAGGCCCCCGGCUCAAGUGUCAUAGAGGUGGACGGCAAGGCUCACGAGUUUCUAGUUGGGGAUACUAGCCACCCUCAAAAUGAGGAUAUACAUGAGGUGUUGGACAUCCUUGCUAACACCAGCUAA